CUCCCCCUAGCCGCAUAGUAGCGACGACACCGUUGCGGUCGGUGGCCGGCCUGAAACCGCGGGCGGGUCGGGAUGAAUCGGCUGGGCGCUGGAAGGCGUGUCGCGGGAGGACCGAGGAAAGGGUUGGCCGCUCGGUCGCCUUUUGUUUGGAGGCGCCCGAGAGAAUAACGGGGGCCGCCGUUUGAAACGGGGUUCGAGUGCGGAGUUCCCUCCCGCGUUGCCAGCCCGGUUUCUUUCGACUUCUUUAAAAAACUUCCAAUUGCUGUCAUGCUUUGAGGAAACGUCUAAAUUUGUCAUCAGUCCCCAACAAGACGCGGAGGGAUGCAGUUGUGAUGGGCUCCAGCAUUCAAGAAAAAAUUGACUUUGAAAUGCGAAUGCGAGAAGGAAUUUGUAAACUGCUUGCUGUGACCACACAAAAAGACCAGAGGUUGCAUGCAAUUAAAAACCUGAUGGUUUGCAAUGCUCGCAUCCUGGCCUAUAACACAGAGCUACAGAGGCAACAGAGAGCGUCGACCAGAAAUAGAAAUACAGGGCGGCGUUCAGAUUUUGCUGCUAAAGAUCGAGAAGCUUGUCGGGGCAAAGUUGCCAUAUCAGACCUUCGAAUACCAUUGAUGUGGAAAGACUCUGAUCACUUCAGCAACAAAGAAAGAACUCAGCGUUAUUCAGUUUUUUGCUUAUUCAAAAUAGGAGCCCAAGUUUUCGAUACAGAUUUGCUUAUUGUGGAUAAAGCAAUAACAGACAUCUGCUUUGAAGGUGUAACUGUUUUUGAGGAAGUUGGGCCAGACUUCCAGCUGAAACUUGAAGUCUAUAGCUGCUGUUGUACUGAAGAGUCUUCUAUCAUUCCGAACACUCCCAAAAAGUUAGUCAAGAAACUGAAAACCUCAAUUGGCAAAGCUACUGGGAGGAAACUCAGCUCUACCUCAGAAGAUGACAACCCUGAAUUGUUAUGCCUCAGUGACACAGUUGUACUGGGUGCAAAGUAUAACUUGCUGGCACAUGCAACUUUGGGGCUGGAAAGUGUUGAGGACAGUUUCAAGACUCACAAUCUAACUAUUGUGGGAAAUGAGGAAUCAUCUUUUUGGCUUCCCUUGUAUGGCAGCAUGUGUUGUCGUUUAGUUGUUCAACCAUCCUGCAUGACCAAGGAUAUGAUGGCAGGGUUCCUCAAUCAACAGCAAAUGGUAGGGAAGUUGACUUCCUGGAGGAGACUAUACUGUGUGCUGAGAGGUGGAAAACUCCUUUGUUACUAUACACCAGAAGAAAUAGAAGCUAAAGUGGAGCCCGCUUUGACCGUUCCUGUUAACAAGGAAACCAGAAUCCGUGCUGUGGAUAAAGACAGCCAGAAAAAAGCCAAAAACAUUUCUAUUAUCAACCCUGAGUCUGGGGAGGCCGUGACUCAGAUUUUUGCAGUUGAAAGCCGGGAAGACCUUUCUAAGUGGACAGAAGCUUUUUGGCAACACUUCUAUGAUUUCAGUCAGUGGAAACACUGUUGUGAAGAAUUCAUGAAAAUUGAGAUUAUGUCACCACGGAAACCACCAUUGUUCUUGACAAAAGAGGCAACUUCAGUUUACCAAGAUAUGUGUAUUGAUUCCCCAGUAAAACAUGAAGGAUCAAUUGAUAUAGUGCAACGAAAAAUAGAGGAAGCCCAUGGGAAGUUUCGGGUUGGCCAAGAAGAACAGCGUGUGCCCCCUCCAUGGGCUGCCAUGUUUGAAAGUUCUCACCAGAUGCUUGUGCAGAAAAACAGGAUUCCAGGCACUAACAAAGAAAUUGUACCCCCUAAUGAAAGCAAAGGCACCAAAAGACGAGCGCCUCUCCCACCAUCUGAUAAACCACCAUACAGCUCAGCAGUACAAACACCAUCUAUCCAAUUGGACAAGGAGAACAUUGGGAAGAAUUCUCUCGCACAUAGGGUCUGUUCUUUUGAUUCUGGGCAGACUUCCUCACCGCAUUUGCAGAGACCUAUUAUGGCUCCUUGCAAAUCAGUUACUUGCUGGAAAGGUACUUCCGCCGAUGAUAAAACUUCUGCCUCUUUUCCUACAAAGCCUGUUCCUGCUCCUAGGCAGAAAUUGGCCCAAGAGCUGCUUGUGUCUAGAUCUCGAUUGCAAUCGCAGGAGUAAUGUUGAUGUUUGCUUUCAGUUCAAAAGAGAGGGAUGUUUCAUAAGCCAAGUUUACAAUAUUAUCACUGUUUACAAACUUUCACCAGAAUGCCAGGAAACGCUUUUUGUAACAUACAGUUAGGGUUCAAGGUUGUUGAGAUCAGAACAAAAAGAUUUAUUUAUUAGGGGAAAAAAUGACUGUUCCCCCCCUCCCCCCAUUCCUUUCCAAAGUUCUGUUCUGUUUGGCAGAGUCGAAAUGUAAACAGAUUCUUCAACAAAGAUACAAAUCAGUGGUCUCUCCCUUCCCUUUCUUUAAAUGAUGGAAAACCUUUAGACGACUCUGAACUGUUCUGAUCUCUGAAACAUCAUCUCUUUUUUAUAAUCAUAGUUGACCUAUGGUUUUCUCUCAGACUGUUUCAAAUAUGCACUCUUAACAUUGUGAAAUGCUGUUUAUCUGGCUCACACUUUGAGGUGAAUGAAGUUUUUCCUCCAGUUGUAAGAAUUAACUAAGUGACACACUGCUUGUAAAAGUCUACAUGCCCAUUCCCUAGACUCCCUCAAUGAUAAGGUUAUCUGUAUUUUAAAAAUGUGGUUCUACAUGAGGAAUCUUGCAAAAAUUGCGACAAGGAAGCCUGCUUGGCUGUAAACCCCACCCUCUGUGUUAAGUAUUUUCUAUUUAUUUUCCUGGGUUCAUUUGUACAAUGGGAAUGAAUUAUGAUGGGCAUGUUCUUGUGUCGGUGGUGGAUGGAGCCAAUAGGCAGCAUCUUGAUAUAUAUGAAAACAUCCCCUCUAUUGUUAAAUGCCAAUCAGAAUUAAACUCUAUGUUACAGAGUGGGAGGGGGGGAUGUAUGUUUUGAAGAUUUCUAUUUGGAUAGAUGUUCCUUUAGAGGAACAUUACCUUAUUAAGUUUAAAAAACCUCAGACAUCAAUUUGUGUUGCAAAGAUGAGCAGGAAAUGAGCAAACUUUCAUAUAAAACUGCAACAACCAAUGUGAAUUAAUUGGAACCAGCAGUGUACAAUAUAAAUUACAAAGGGUUUUUUUUUAAAAAAGGUUCUGUUCUCAAAUGUCAUCCCUAUAUUUUCUUCAUGUGUUUCAGUUUUAAUAAGGAAAUGGCUGCUUAUUGACUUCUGUUUAGUAAGAGAGGUCUGUAAGAAUUCAAGAGUUUCUAGGUACAUUAGCAUGCUAUUUUAAUGGCAUCGUUGCUGUGAUUUUAACCUGUGUUUCAUGUUAUGAAGUUCUGUGUGUAAGAUGCAGGGUGUUCUUAAUGUGGUUUGGAAGAUCCAUAAUCUCAUGUUCUCUGUGUUCAUAGAUAUUCAUGGAGCAGCAGAAAUAAAGAUAAUGUAGCAGAGGGUUAGUAUGACAUUAAUGCUCUCUAAUCCUUUAAUGAGUAUAGUAGAAUCCUUUUAAUUGGCACAUUUCUGUUAGCAGUAGGGAGUGCCAAUUAAGCAAUCUUCUCAAUUUUAAGACUCUCAGGAAUAUGCUGAGCUUAUUGAUAUUUGCUUUUAUUCCAUGCCUUGAACUACGGAUUAGCAAUGUGCAAAGCAUUCCAAAUUCCUGCAUCUUUAUUUCAUUAAAAAGCUGCAAUAGCACAGAGAAGCUCCAUGAAAUAUGUCCAUAGAGCAAGCCUUGCUUUCACUAAUGCGGCUCUAAAGCAUUUUGCAACUGUGACUGAACUUGCAAGGCAGCACUUAGCUAUAGAAUUCAUUCACUGUUAAUUAUUUUGUAUUUUUAACCACACAGUCACACUGCUAGGAAGCCUAUUUGUGUGUACUUUACAUUUAGGAACAGCAGAAAAUCUUUGGGACAAAAAAGAAAUCACCUUUCCCUUGUUUAUUGUAGCACCUUUAAGGUUCUGAGAGGCAACACAGGCAUUCCUUUUCCAGGAUAAAGAGUGUGUCAGGAUUCUCUUAGCCCAGUGUAAAAUGGCAGGGAAAACUCCCUGGUUCUUUUAGUCUUGGGACUGAAUUGCCUCUACUUCUUAAAGGGGCAGAUGUAAUAAGUGUUCUGCACCCUUUUCAGCAGGAGAAUCGGACUGAAGUUCAAGUUGGGGAGUGUAGAAAAUGGAGAGGUGGGGUUUAAGCAGUGGCAGGUAUACAUUUUGGGUACUACUGGGUGUUGUCAUGGUUCAAAUGAAUGAAAUAACUUGUAGCAAUACAACUCUUGCAAGGUAUGUGUUCACCAUGAGACACAUGAGUUGAAAAAUCUGUUUAUGCUUUAGGUUUUUGCAACAAAUGCUGGACAAUGUUACAUCAUAGCAUUUUGUAUAUCACUUUCUCAAAUUGACUCCAAGAUGGUCCUGAGCUGAGUUUUAGUCAGGCACAGGAAGAUUUCUACAAUGCAAAUGAAGGCUUGGCUGGGGUACAGUGGACAGGUGAUGAACCCUGAUGAGGGGCCACCUGGCUUAAAUCCCAGUUUAGUCAUGAAGCUCAUUGGGUAACCAUAAGAUCACCUCUCUUUCCCUAUCUGCACAAACUGGUUGUGAAGGUAAGAUGGGACAAUAUCAGCUACAGCAGACUAAGCUCUCUGGAGGAAGACUUUUAAAAGGUAUAAUGCCUAAAUUUUGUGGCUUGACGUGUCCUCACCUACAACCUCAUCCCUCAAUCUCAUUCCUGUUUGAUGACUCUUCACUGAGUAUGUGAACCUUCUCCCUUGAAAUGAAGUCUGUUUUGAAAGCUUUGAUUGGAGUUUGAUUUGUUGUCCUCUCUGUAAACUUUCCCAAACUGCAAGAACAGUAAGCCAGUCUAGAGGAAAUUUGCUCUAAAGUGGGAAUCUUUCUAUCUUGUCUAGGAACUUGUAACUAAUGAAGUAAAAAGUUGUUUAUAGCUAAAAUCUAUAAUUAAUAUUGCAGAUACUCUUUGUAUCAACCUGGCAUGUUAUAAAUGGAGUUCAUGUUUGGUAGUUCUUUGUGUGUGUGUGUACUGUUAGCCUAAUAUGUUUACAUUUUGGAAAGUCUGUUGGUGAUUGCUAGCUAUUUUUAAAGCCCGGUAUCUUACUAUAUGUACUUGAAAGGACUGUAAGCAAGCCUAGUAGUUUUUUAAAAAAUGUUUUGCUGCUAAAAUUUGCAUUGUUUGCCCUUUUGAGCUAUAUUGUCCUUAGAGAAAAGGUGUUUAUAACAAUUAAAUCUUGUGUUUGAGUACUAAUAAAUGUUCCUGUUGUUGCAAGAA